AAAGUUUAAACAUCACAUACUUGCCUUGUCAGGACUAAAUUAUUAACCCUGCCAAAAAUACAAAAUCACUGCCAUUCAUCCUUUCCUUUCCCUUCUAUAUUUGACCAAAUCCGGGGUAAUAAAGUCAUUCUUUCUACAAAUUUUACUCUUAGGACACUAUAAACUCCUGUCAAAACAGGCAAGCACAGAUUCACCACUCUCAAUAAACAUUGCACUCGCUUUCUGAACCGUUCAUCUUGACAAAAUUCCACGUGGAAGUCUCAACAGCGCUUUCGGAUAACGCUUGUUCGGGACAAUGGCACUGAAGAGAAUCAGAAAACAUUGAUGAGAGUUGAUCGGUGACCAAAGAAGGGUAAAAUCGAAAAGAAAAUAUUUGCAUGAGAAAGCUCCAGUCUGGAGGGGACGAUAAAGAGGGGACGACGCUUGGCAUGAGACUGCAACCAAAGCUCACCAAUUGUUCAACUUUCUCUGCUGUUUACGACAAUAAUAAUGAUAAUAUAUUAUUAUUAUUGAUCUUUUUUAUUUCAUUGUUAGAGACAGAGAAAGUUCUAUGUUGGUAUAGUAACAGCUGCAAGCAGAUUUAACUCUAAAGCAAUAGCUAGGGAUCAGAGUGAAACAAUGGAGAAAGGUCAUGCAUGGAGGUUUUCAUCAACAUCAAUUAACCCUUUGUUGUUUAUGGUGCCAUUGAUAGUGGGUUUUGGUUUUCUUGCUCUUCUGGGUCCUAAGUUUUUCAGUUGGGAUUCUUGGCUUUUGAGUUCUUAUAGUGGUUCCGGUUCCAAUAUCAACCUUACUUAUUCUCUGCCAUCUUCACAUGCAAAAAUGGCGGUGGUUCCGGCGGUGGAUACCGGUAACAAUUCUGCCAUUAAUAUCUCUUCUUCUUCAGUUGAUGUUGAGGUUAAAGAUAUUGAAAAACCUAAAGAAAAUGCAACCAUAUUUGCUAGCUUGAAGAAUGCUUCUUCUUCAAUUGAUCUUUCCAUCAAAAGCAAACAUCAAAAAGAGUACUAUUCAAGUUUAGAAAGGCUUGAAGCUGGUCUCCAAAAUGCUCGUUCUGCUAUAAAAGAUGCUAAAAAUGGAAAUCAAACACUAGAGGACCCUGAGUAUGUUCCUACAGGCCCUAUGUACUGGAACUCUAAAGUCUUUCACAGGAGUUACUUGGAAAUGGAAAAACAGUUCAGGGUUUUUGUUUAUGAAGAAGGUGAACCACCAGUGUUUCAUAAUGGUCCUUGUAAGAGCAUAUAUUCUAUGGAAGGAAAUUUUAUUCACAGGAUGGAGAUAGAUGACCAGUUCCGAACCAAAGAUCCUGAUAAGGCACAUGUCUAUUUCCUUCCCUUUAGUGUGACAAUGAUGGUUCGAUUUGUCUAUGUGCGUGACUCGCAUGAUUUUGGUCCUAUAAGAAGGACUGUGGGAGACUAUGUCAGUCUCAUUGCUGGAAAAUACCCUUUCUGGAAUCGAAGCCUCGGCGCGGACCAUUUCAUGCUGGCAUGCCAUGAUUGGGGGCCAGAAACUUCAUUUUCUGUACCUUACCUUGGAAAAAACUCAAUUCGUGCACUAUGCAAUGCAAACACAUCAGAGAGAUUCAAUCCUAUCAAGGAUGUAUCCUUCCCAGAAAUCAAUCUCCAAACCGGUUCAACAAAGGGCUUGAUCGGCGGACCAUCUCCAUCAAAACGGUCAAUUUUGGCCUUCUAUGCCGGAGGGCUUCAUGGCCCUAUUAGGCCAAUCCUUCUUGCACAUUGGGAAAACAAGGAUGAUGAUAUAAAAGUGCAUAGGUACCUUCCAAAAGGCGUAUCAUACUACGAAAUGAUGAGAAAAAGCAAGUUCUGCCUCUGUCCUAGUGGUUACGAAGUUGCAAGUCCUAGAGUCGUUGAGGCAUUCUACACGGGUUGUGUGCCAGUGCUAAUUUCAGACCACUAUGUACCGCCUUUCAGCGAUGUUCUGAAUUGGAAGUCAUUCUCCGUUGAGGUUCCGGUGAGCAAAAUCCCCAACCUGAAGAGAAUCUUGACAAGCAUAUCUCCAAGACAAUACAUUAGAAUGCAAAGAAGAGUACAACAAAUAAGGAGGCAUUUUGAGGUAAAUUCUCCGCCUAAGCGGUACGAUGUUUUUCAUAUGAUUCUUCACUCUAUUUGGCUUCGAAGAUUAAAUGUUAGGAUCCAUAAUGAUCAAGUAGCCAUUACCAGUUGAUUGAAGAGCAUAUCUUGUUUAAUAGGUAAUUUAGUUUAGGGAAGUACUUCAGGAAUACGUGUGUGUAAUUAACAAGGACAUGGAAUGGAACUACUGCGAUUCUCUUAUAUAUGUAUAGUCCUUUUUGCAAAUGUUGAUAAUUCUCUUAUUUAUUUAUGAAUUUUGCUAAUUAAUUUUCAGAAAAAGAAAUUAUAAGUA